AUGGAGGCGGCGUUCGUGAACGUGGUCUCCGAGGGCGACACCGUCGUGGUGGGAGUCAACGGCGUGUUCGGCGAGCGCAUGUGCGACGUGGCGGCCCGGUGCGGUGCGCGGGUCGUGCGAGUGGACGCCGAGUGGGGAUCGCCUCUGGAUCCUCAGCGCGUCCUGGAUGCCCACCCGGCUCCGGCGGUGAUCGCCGUCGUCCACGCGAAACCUCUACCGGCGUGCGCAACUGACCUGGCCGAGCUGGGCGCAGCCAAGGGCGAUGCCCUCCUGCUCGCCGACUGCGUCACGUCACUCGGCGGCAUCGAUGUGCGCAUCGACGAAUGGGGCGUGGACAUCGCCUACAGCGGAACCCAGAAGUGCCUCGGGGUUCCGCCCGGACUGGCCCCCAUCAGCGUCUCACCCCGCGCUGUGGAGCGGAUGCACCGCCGGCCCCGGUCCUGGUACUUCGACAUGGGCAUGAUCGCCGACUACGUCACCGGAGGCGGCGCCCGGGCCUACCAUCACACCGCUCCGAUCUCGAUGAUCUACUCCCUGCAUGCCGGGCUCGGCGUGGUGCUCGAUGAAGGACUCGAGGCCGCCCACGACCGGCACCAGAGGUGCGGCGACCUGCUCCAGGACGGGCUCGAGGCCCGGGGCUUCGAGCUGGUGGCCCCUGCCUGUGCCCGCCUUCCCCAACUCACUUCUGUGCGAGUGCCCCAGUCCCGGCUCCCGGCGGCCACCGGCGAGGCCGACGUCCGGCGGACGCUGCUCGACCACUACGGCAUCGAGAUCGGCGGCGGACUGGGCGCCUGGCCGGCAAGUGCUGGCGCAUCGGCUGCAUGGGCCACACCGCCCGACUCCGCAACGUGA